AAGAGGCCACCAUGAACGAGCCAUCAGAUGACCUAACGAAUGUUUCUGAUUUUCCUGAUUAUGCAGCUGCUUUUGGAAAUUGCACUGAUGAGAAAAUCCCACUCAAGAUGUACUACCUCCCUGUCAUUUACAGCAUCAUCUUCCUUGUGGGUUUUCCAGGGAAUGCAGUAGCAAUUUCCACUUACAUUUUCAAAAUGAGGCCCUGGAAAAGCAGCACCAUCAUUAUGUUGAACCUGGCCUGCACAGACCUGCUAUAUCUCACCAGCCUCCCAUUCCUGAUUCACUACUACGCCAGUGGCGAAAACUGGAUCUUCGGGGACUUCAUGUGCAAGUUUAUCCGUUUCGGCUUCCAUUUUAAUCUGUACAGCAGCAUCCUCUUCCUCACCUGUUUCAGCAUCUUCCGCUACUUUGUGAUCAUUCACCCAAUGAGCUGUUUUUCCAUUCACAAAACUCACUGUGCAGUGGUAGCCUGUGCUGUGGUGUGGGUCAUUUCCCUGGUGGCUGUCAUUCCUAUGACCUUCUUAAUCACAUCAACCACCAAGACCAAUAGAUCCGCCUGUCUUGACCUCACUAGUUCAGAUGACCUCACUACUAUCAAGUGGUACAAUCUGAUUUUGACAGCAACCACUUUCUGCCUCCCCUUGGUGAUAGUGACACUUUGCUAUACAACGAUUAUCUACACCCUAACCCAGGGACCUCAGAAACACAGCUGCCUGAAGCAGAAAGCACGAAGGCUCACCAUUCUUCUACUCCUCAUAUUUUAUAUAUGCUUUUUACCUUUCCAUAUCUUGAGGGUCAUUCGGAUUGAAUCUCGUCUGCUUUCAAUCAGCUGCUCCAUCGAGAAUCAGAUCCAUGAAGCUUACAUCGUUUCGAGACCAUUAGCUGCUCUGAACACCUUUGGUAACCUGUUGCUCUAUGUGGUGGUCAGCAACAACUUUCAGCAGGCCGUCUGCUCAUUAGUGAGAUGCAAAGCUAGUGGGAGCCUCGAGCAAGCCAAAAAAAUCAGUUAUUCUUACAACCCUUGAAAUACUUCAUUUACCCAAGCCAAAGUGGAAGCCUUCUCAUACAUUAUCUAUAACUUCUAAGAAGUGCAGAAUAUCUCCCUCAGUGGAACUCCCAGUAACUAUUGCAUAUCCACAUAAUUAUGUCCAACAGCCAGGGCAGGGCUGGUAGGGGUUCUUUGCAAUCUAUUUAUUGAGAUCCUGUCUUACAUAAAUAUAAGAAUAGGAUGCAUGCAUAUCUGUGAUGUAUUCAGACACGGAAUUAUAAACUAAUUGGAUAGAAGGAAACCAGUCUUUUCACCCCUAGUUUUACAUGUUUUCAUACCCUGGGACCCAUUUGUAUUGAACCACUAGACUAUUCAAAGCAUUAUUUGUAUCUUUCUCAGUAUUUAUUUUUGACAUCUCACAUCUUUGCAACUUUUUUCCGUCCAACUUUGCUUUUGAGAUUAUUAAACUAGGUAUUAGUCA